AAGGAAGUGAGCAGAAUGGCAGACUUAUAUAUAGCACGCUGUGCUAUUAGCCCAGUAAGCUAGGCCUGAGAGAGUGUUCCAGGGACACCGUGGCUGUUCUAUGGAGGUGUACCUGCUGGACCAGGAGGUUGAACCUCACAAGCAAUGUUACAAUGAGCCCCACUGAGGAAGACCCCACACCCUCUACUGAGCCUGGCAUCAAUGGACGUGAAUCAUUCAACCAAAGCUAAAAAUGAAUGACCAGGAACCCGAGGGUCCCUAUGUGGAGUGAUGUUGUAUCCGUUGUCAUUCUGCCAGAGACGGUGAAAUCAUGGGAAACGCUGAAAGCCAGAAUGUAGAGCAGGCUUUGUACGGUAAAGAGCACCCUAGCUUGGGCCGGAAGCACACAUCUCGUUCGCUCCGCAUCUCUAACAAAGCCGCACGCCGCACUCGACAUGCUUCCUCCGGGAAGCCGGUGCACCGGAAUUCUGAAGUUAGCAACAGGUCCAGCAGCACUCCCAGCAUCCCACAGUCUCUUGCAGAAAAUGGCAUGGAGCCCUACUCCCAGGAUGCCAACCUCGAUGACUAUGAUGGCCGAGGAUGGGUGGACGUGGGCAUGAGACCAGUCUCCUAUCACACAGAUUCUUCCGUCACACCUAGUCUGAACAGCAGCACCGUUCUCACCGCAGCUUCUGUGCAGAGCAUUCAGGACUCUGAAGAGAGCAGACUCUUUGGGGAGGAAUCUGCCUAUUUUCCAGAUGGAAACGGCCGGUCCACGAUGUAUUUGUCCAACGGGCCAAGUCUCUUGGAUGCUGCAAGUUUUAAGAAGAAACGCUCUAAAUCUGCGGAUAUAUGGCGGGAGGACAGCUUAGAGUUCUCCCUCUCAGACCUGAGCCAAGAACACUUAACCAGCACUGAGGAAAUCUUAUGUUCCACAGAAGAGAAGGACUGUGAGGAAACCAUUACGAAUGACCCAGCCGACUGUCCUACGCAACUGAGCUCUGCCCAACGUGCCAACUCUCUAACCAACUUGUACCCUCAGAAGAGCCAGCAUGCCUCCAUCAAUGGUGUCCCCAGGAAUAAGUUCAUGGUCUACUGUCGAAACUUGGUAUCUCACUCGCCAGAAUCCGUGCAAUACAAGACGUCUCCCUCUCCGGCUGAGGAGCCGCCGUCGUACAGCAAUUAUAAUACCCUUCCCUGCAGGAAGUCCCAUUGCCUUUCCGAAGGUGCUACAAACUUGAAACUCAGUCAUAGCAACAGCAUGCAUGGGCGCCGAGCGAAAACAACUCAGGAUGUCAACACCGGUGGCGAAGGAAGUGAGUUUACAGACAGCGGCAUUGAGGCGACCACCGCCGACACGGACUUCAUGUCCAGGCGCUCCAAUGCCACCACGUCCAGCUACUCGCCCACCACGAGCCGCGCUUUCAUUGGGAGCGAUAGCGGCAGCAGCUCAGGGGAUGCCCUACGCCAGGGCGUGUAUGAGAACUUCCGGCGGGAGCUGGAAAUGAGCAGCGCCAACAGGGAAAACUUGGAGGAGGCCAAUUCAGCGCUGAGCGAUGAACAAAGCAGCGGCACUCUGAGCUCCCCGGGCCAGUCUGACAUUCUCUUGACAGCGGCCCAAGGUACUGUGCGCAAAGCCGGGGCGCUGGCCGUCAAGAACUUCCUGGUGCACAAGAAGAAUAAGAAAGUGGAGUCGGCUACCCGUAGGAAGUGGAAGCAUUACUGGGUCUCGUUAAAAGGGUGCACUCUGUUUUUUUACGAGGGCGAUGGGCGAUCUGGGAUCGACAACAACAGUAUCCCGAAGCACGCUGUGUGGGUGGAGAGCAGUAUAGUGCAGGCUGUGCCGGAGCAUCCCAAGAAAGACUUUGUGUUCUGUCUGAGUAACUCUCUCGGAGAUGCGUUCCUCUUUCAGACAAACAGUCAGACGGAGCUGGAGAACUGGAUCACAGCCAUCCAUUCCGCAUGCGCCACCACCGUGGCCAGGCAGCACCACAAGGAGGACACGGUCAAACUCCUCAAGUCUGAGAUCAAGAAGUUGGAGCAAAAAAUCGAUAUGGACGAGAAGAUGAAGAAAAUGGGAGAAAUGCAGCUCUCUUCGGUUACCGAUGCUAAGAAGAAGAAGACUAUCCUGGACCAGAUCUUCGUCUGGGAGCAGAACCUCGAGCAGUUCCAGAUGGAUUUGUUCCGGUACCGUUGCUAUCUUGCCAGCCUGCAGGGCGGCGAGCUGCCAAACCCAAAGCGGUUGCUGGCUUUUGCAAGCCGACCAACUAAGGUUGCCAUGGGGCGCCUGGGAAUAUUCUCCGUCUCUUCCUUUCAUGCUCUGGUGGCUGCUCGCACAGGAGAGUCCGGGGUGAGGAGACGAACACAAGCAAUGUCCAGGUCUGCCAGUAAGAGGAGGAGCCGGUUUUCUUCUCUGUGGGGUCUGGACACAUCUGCUAAGAAGAAACAAGGGAGGCCAAGCAUAAAUCAGGUGUUUACUGAUGGUUCAGAGUCUGUCAAGAAAUCUUUGGAAGGUAUCUUUGAUGAGACGGCUUCAGAAGACAAGAAGGAAAAGGAAGUGCCACUGACCAGCGUCCAUCCUCACAAUCCCGACACAGACAUCUGGGUCCAUGAAUACCUGAUUCCCUCCUGGGUUUGCUUGCCAAAUGACCUGCCUGUCUUGAUGGUAAUUCAUCCAGAGGACACAGCAAAGGAUGCCUUAGAAAUUAUUUGCAAGACACAUCAGUUAGACUGCACUGCACAUUAUCUCCGCCUGAAGUUCCUGUGUGACAGCCAUCAGCAGCUUUACAUGCCCAGACCCGAGGAGGAGAUCUACGACCUGCUCUAUAAGGAAAUCGAGAUCUGUCCAAAGAUCAUCCGGUACAUUCAGCUUGAAAAGACCAAUCUUUGCGAAAACUUUGGGUUCUCUCUCAGUUCCGUGGAAGAAGAAGGCAGACCUCAUCUCUACAUCAAUAAAGUGAAGGAGUCGGGCCUGGCCUUCAAGAAGAGUCUGAAAAUAGGAGAUGAGAUCAUGGAAAUUAACUCCGCCACAGCCCGGGAUCUGAAUUCUGCCAUGUUGAAACAUGUUCUGGCCAAGUCCUUACUGUGCCUUACCGUCCGCACCUGCCCGGAUUUGGAGGAGAAGCAGGCUCUGAGAGGCGCCCCACCACGGAGAUCAGAGGCGGAUUGCAGUGAUUUCAAUCUCUUCUCCAGCAGCCGCGGUUGCAGUGAGGAUGAGACGUGCAGUGAAGCCGCGCCGGAUGAGAUAGAAGUGCAGAUGGAAGUGUCUGACGAGGUUGAUGCAAUAAACAAGAACACGGAGCAGGUUGCAGCUUUUUGUCGCAGCCUCAAUGAGAUGAAUCCUCCAGAUUCCUGCCUGAGCCCCUCCGAAUUCACAGGACCCCAGCUAGCAAUCAUGAGGCAAUUAACAGACGCCGACAAACUGCGCAAGGUUAUUUGCGAGCUGCUGGAGACGGAGCGCACUUAUGUCAAGGACCUAAACUGUCUAAUGGAGAGAUACCUGAAGCCAUUGCAGAAAGAGACGUUCCUCACACAAGAUGAGCUUGACGUGCUGUUCGGCAAUCUGGUGGAAAUGGUGGAAUUCCAGGUAGAAUUCCUGAAAACUCUGGAAGAUGGGGUCAGGCUGGUACCAGACCUGGAGAAGCUGGAGAAAGUGGAUCAGUUCAAGAAAGUCUUGUUUUCCUUGGGUGGAUCUUUUCUAUAUUACGCCGACCGAUUCAAGUUGUACAGUGCCUUCUGCGCCAGUCACACAAAGGUCCCGAAAGUCUUAGUGAAAGCUAAAACGGAUCACAGUUUCAAAGCCUUCCUGGAUGCCCAGAAUCCCAAGCAGCAGCACUCGUCAACGCUGGAGUCUUACCUGAUCAAACCCAUCCAGCGCAUCCUGAAAUACCCGCUGCUUCUGAAGGAACUCUAUUCUCUGACGGACGCGGAGAGUGAGGAGCACUACCACCUGGAUGUGGCGAUCAAGACCAUGAACAAAGUUGCCAGUCACAUUAACGAGAUGCAAAAAAUACACGAAGAGUUUGGCGCCGUCUUUGAUCAGCUUAUAGCGGAACAGACUGGGGAAAUUAAAGAGGUUGCAGACUUAUCCAUGGGGGACUUAUUACUGCACAACACCGUUGUAUGGCUGAAUCCUCCAGCAUCACUGGGGAAAUGGAAGAAGGACCCUGAGUUGGCAACUUUUGUUUUCAAGGCUGCCGUGGUUCUGGUGUACAAGGACAGCUCCAAGCAGAAGAAGAAGCUGGGUGGAUCACACCGGGCGUCGAUGUUUGAGGACCGGGAUCCAUUUCGCUUCAGACACAUGAUCCCUACUGAGGCUCUGCAGCUCCGAGCACUGACCACAUCAGAUGCUGAAACAAACUCUGUGUGCGAAAUCGUCCAUGUGAAAUCGGAAUCAGAGGGGAGGCCAGAGAGGGCUUUUCACCUAUGCUGCAGCUCUCCAGGGGGGAAGAAGGAGUUCCUGAGAGCUGUACACUCUAUCCUGCGGGACAAGCAUCGCAGGCAGCUGCUGAAAACCGAAAGCUUACCCAACUCCCAGCAAUACGUUCCCUUUGGGGGCAAGAGGCUGUGUGCACUAAAGGGCGCUCGCCCUGCCAUGAAUAGAGCCGUGUCCGCUCCAAGCAGGUCUCUCGCCCGGAGAAGACGCCUUGUGAGGAAUAGGUUCACCAUUGAUUCGGACACUGUCUACUCGACGAGCCCCGACAAAGAGUCGGAAACAGACACUGAACUUAAACCACCGCAGCAGACGACCAACAGCGGAGACACCGACCGCUGGGUGGAGGAGCAGUUCGACCUCGCUCAGUACGAGGAGCAGGAAGACGUCAAGGAGACGGACAUCCUCAGCAGCGACGACGAAUACUGCGAGUCCAUCAAAGGUGGCUCCAUGGAGAAAGAUCUGAGUGAGCAGCUGGAAGGCACCUCCAUCUCCAACAACCCAAUAAGUAGCAUGGUCCAGAACACAAUAGGCUCCCACGCGUCCCGCAUGACCCAGCUGAAGAAGCAGACUGCUUUUUCGGGAAUGAACGGCAGCAUCGAAAGCAACGCCGACGAAGUCAUAUGGGUGAAACGCGAAGACUUUGUGCCUGCCAGAAAACAAAACACCGAAAUCUAAAACUGUCACUUUAAACGCUACAAAAGGGUCCAUAAAGGUGACAGUAUGCCCCCCCCCCUCCUCCCCCAUGCACUGUGGAAACAUAAUCCUCUGUACUGCACACUUGCACACACCACAUCGGCAGCUAAUCGGCCGCAGAGCCACAUCGGGUUACAAUAAAGCAACUUGCAACAUCCUGUUACACAAGGCCCAGUCCUCCCAUCGCUGGCGGAGAACGGGCUUAUUACUAUUAUUUAUUAUAAAACAAUCAGGGUUUGGACAGAAAGGGUAAAGUACAAAACGGUGGCAGAGAAGAUGACAGGCAACGAGAUAGCACAAAGAGGUAAAGGGAUUCGUGUUGUGAUCGCUCAGCCGGUCCUUGUUCUCCCCCCCCCCCAUCGCCUUUCCAUUGUUUUUUUAAAUAUUGCCGUAUUUCUUCUCCUUCGCCCCCUCCAUGUUCUGAUACAGUAGCUUUGUAUUUUAAGUGUUUUGAAGGAUAGUUUUGGAAUCUGUGUUACAAAGCUCUUUUCUUCCCCCCCUAGUUUUGACAUUAUUGCUGGUUAUUUAAGUCAUGUUUUAAAAUAGUUUUAAUUUUUUUAUACUGAGAAAUAACCAAUUGUAACGAUGCCAAACUCUUCCCAGAGACUCGGAUGUAAAACACGAAGAGAGAAAAAAAGAGGAAAGUCCAAGAUAUAUAUAUUUUUUUGUUUUGGUAAAUUUUUACCUUUUAAAUUCAGGGACACGGAACGGAAUGCGGAGCAUUUUACAUUCUAAACAUACAGAUGAUCAAGUCUUUCAUAGGAGAUAGGACGCACUAGUUUUAUACGCAUAUAUAUAUAUAUAUAUUAUAUAUUUAAUAAAGAGAGUGUCAGAUGAGGGCAUCCACAAGUUCUACAUUACACAUAUCCUGAUUUUUCUAAGUCGUACUUCCAUUCAAAUCGCAACGCAUCUACUAAAUCCCGACCAGCUCAUGGGCCGUUCGGAUAGAUCUCUUGCACUUAGUGUAUUAUAUGACCCCACUUUCCAAUUUUUAUUUUAUUUUAUUUUUUUCUCGUUUGACCACUUCUUUUUUCUUCUUCCCCCGCCAAACUACAUGACGACCCAGCAUCUUCUCUAGAUUUUUCUUUUUUUUCUUUAAAUAAAAUAACUUUUCUCCAUUGUGACAAGAGAAUUUUACGCGUUUGUGUUGUGACAUCUUCAUGUUGUGGUAACUUUGGUGGAUAUAGCUACUUAACAUCUUACCGGGCAGAGCACCCUCACGGACCGUAGCUCUUAGCCAGCGCUUUUCCGGCACGGUAAGACCUUAAGGCCCAUGUACAUGACGCUAGAUAUCUUUCCAUUGUGAUGUGAACGAGUGAGGGUGUGACUUUGCUAUACUUUGCUGCUUUGCAAAACCUAGUACAUCUUUAUAUUUUUUCGGUUGGUGUGACGGUGAAUUUUGCAACCCAUGAGCAAAGCUUCUUCUGAACAAGAUCCUCUCCUUUCGUAAAUCUAUCGUCACUCUAUGCCAUCUGCAAUUCACUCGUGUACACCCCCUCCCCAACUUCGAUAUCAGAGGUCAGCAGUCGUGUGGUGUUCCGUACCAAGCAAAAUAUGGUCAAUUGUGAAAAACUGGAAAGUCUGGUGCUUUUCUAGGUACCGUUGUAUGUACAUAUUGUCAUGACAUGUCCUAUGUCAGAUGUUCUUAUAUAUUUCUUUUAUAAGCUGAAAGAAGGUCUAUUUUUAUGUUUUUAGGUUUAUGAAUGAAAAGUUGUAAAUGCUUGUCAAAGAAUAAAAUCUGAAAAUCA